CAUAAUCAUCAUGGCAGUUUGUAAAAACCAUUACUAUUUUGAAAUGAGCUGAUGUUAUUACCAAGAGAAAACCAUAAGGAUGAUGGUGAAACAAAAUAUUUAACACAUUACUUGAUUUUUUUUUGAUUUCCAUUGAACUAUAUAAACUCGGUAAAAGACAUUGAAAGUUUCUAAAUUAUUUUGUUUUUCAUCAUUAUUCAACAACAUGUGGAAAUUGUGGAAUUUGUGGAUUUUUUUGGUGCUUCCAACAUUCCUGGCAGCCACUUUCAUACCAUUCGUUUCAUCUGUUAUAGAUUUUGGAAUUAAUCUUGGAGGUUCAAUUGUUCUUCAAAGUUCUUUGUUAUUCAAAAAGGAGUUUGUUAGUGACAAAAGCUAUGUUAUUGAAGCCAACAAAGAAUUGGAGGUAAAUUUCAAUUCAGAUUUCAAACUCCCAUUUAUAAACAAACAUGGCUUUACAGUUAACAAAGUAGCCAAGUUUCUGAUUUCGAAUUCAUUAUUUCAAAAUACCAAUGUGAUGACUAUUAAUGCCUUGCUUGGAGGUCAAUGUAUUAUCAAAGCACCAGUUUGGGAAAACACUGGUACAAUUAAAUUUAUCGGCUCAUCGAACAAGAAAGGAACCGUUUCCUUGAUAGGAGGUUUACAUGGCUCUACAGACAUUAAAAAUGGUGGAUUAAUUGAAUUUUUCUCCCAAAUCUACAUCCAACACUCUGGUAAUAUUCUUGGGUUAGGAUGUAUGUUUCUUAAUAUUGGUACUCAGGUUACACUUGAUUCAAGCUUCUCAGCCCCAGACCAAACUUUUGUGUUGGGAGCAAAUGCUUUGCUCCAUAUUAAGGGUCAUGGAUCUAAACAUCCUUACAAGAUUAUGAAUUUUGGUGCUGGUGCAAAAAUCCAAUUAGAUUUUAUCCCUGAUGCUAUCUCAUAUAACGCCCAAACUGGUAUCUUACUUGCAAAGUCUGCAAGUUUAUCUCAAUCAUUUUUCCUAGGAUUGGGUUAUGACGCUACCAAGUUUAUAAAAACUAUACUGGGUAAAAGCUUUUUUAUUGGUUACCAGGGUGAAUUUUCUUUCGGUAUUGGUUUUAAUUGCAAGGAUUUUAAACCACCAAUUGCCCCUCCAGUACCAAUUGAUCCACCCGAGCCAACUAUUCCAAGUGAAUCUGAGCCAUCUAAGACUGGUGAGGGAGACGUCGAACCAUCUAAGUCUGCAGCAAGUGAAUCUGAGCCAUCUAAGACUGGUGAGGGAGACGUUGAACCAUCUAAGUCUGUUGAAAGAGAGGUCGAACCAUCUAAGUCGGUUGAAGGAGAGCCAGAACCAUCCAAGUCUGUUGCAAGUGAAUCCGAGCCAUCUAAGACUAAUGAGGGAGAGGUCGAACCAUCUAAGUCUAUUGAAGAAGAAACUGAAUCAUCUAAAUCCACCGAAUCAAGUCAAAUGGGAUCAAGCGAAGCUGAAAUUUCUAGCUUUACUAAACCAAGUACAACAGAAUCUUCCGACCCAAGUGGACCUGAAGUAACUAGCCCAAGUGAAACAACAGAGAUAGAAACAGUGCCCACAGAAGCAAGUGAACAAACUGAGCCAUUUAAAACAGAAACUAUUGAAUCCAGUGAACCAACUAAUUCAAAUGAAAAAAGUGAGCCAGAAACUACCGAAUCUAGUGAUUUUAGUGAAUCUGAAUCAACUAUACCUAUUGUAACAACCGAAACCCAGACAACUGAACAAGAGAGAUCCGAACCAACCAAUACAAGUCAAGAAAAUGUACCAAGUGAUACAACUGGACCAAGUGAUCCAAAGAAGCCAAGUGGACCAAGUGAUCCAAAUAAGCCAAGUGGACCAAGUGGAUCCGAAACAAGCCUGGUGAAUCAAGUGAUCCAACAAGCCUGGUGA